AUGGCAACAAUUGCGCGGCACAGAGACUGGAUUGGAGUAGGAGAGAUGUGUUUCUCUUUUUCUAAUAAUACCAGAAAUUGGACAGCCAGUGAUAGAUACUAGAUACAGGGGUCACAACUUGCUCAGAUUGAUACCCAAAGGGAAAUGGAAUUUUUGAAGAAAUACACAGGAACUUCCAUGCACUGGAUUGGGCUGAGCAGGAAAGUGGGAGAGUCUUGGAAAUGGACAAAUGGUACCAUGUUCAAUGCUGGGUAUGAAAUAAGAAGAAAUGGAUUCUUUGUCCUGCAUACUGAUGGAGUUCAUAGUUCCAGGGGAUUAGUUGAUAUCACAUGGAUUUGCAGCAAACCUAAAUAUUUGUAG